AUGACUUGUCAAGGCGAAGUUUCGCUCGAGGUGGCGAAGUUCGGUUCUCGCAGCAUGUGCCGUCGCAAGACUGAUGGUGGUUCGCACAUGAGUCUUAGUGAGCUCCCCGUCUGCCCCACAGCUGAGACGGGGAAGAUCGUGAGGCGGCGCAGGAACCCUUCGAAAAGCCAACUGCGCACGCCAACCCGCCAACCAUCCCAGCCAGACUUCCUCCCUCAGCUACCUACCAUGGUUGAGAAGGAGCCCUUGGUAAGGCACACUAGCUUGCCGUCGAUCGUGGAUUUGAAGACCGAAGCCUUGCUUCUGUCCCGCCAGCUCCACUUGGACUUUCAUGAAGUCAAGGAUGCCGUGCAGGAGUUGCGGAAGGAGCACCCAACGCUGCCCAAUGGAGGUAUGGAGCUUCCAGCUUUCCGGCAAUGCGUUCUUCAGGCCUUUAAUGUCAAGGACAUCGACGACAGACUGCUCCAGGAUGCUUACCGACAGUGCCAGGCGGCAGAGGGCCCGGUGAGCCCGAAGCGAUUCCUCUCCUGGUACCGGGACCACAUCUUCACCUUCAUGCACGGCCAGGAGAAAAACCCGGAGAAGGAAGAUGCUGAUGCACUGACGCUUGAGCUUGCCAAGAAGCACCACUGCUCCUGCAUCGAGCUCGACAAAGUGAAGCUCAAGUUCGACCACUUCGACACCGACAAGAGUGGACUCAUCGAGUUCAACGAGUUUGAGGCGAUGAUGUACACCCUCCUGCACUGUUCCAACAAGUCAGACCUUCCCUCAAACCGCAUUGAGCGCUUCUGGCACGAGGUGGACCUUGAUGGGAAUGGCUCUGUGGACUUCACGGAGUUUACAGAGUGGUACCUGAAAUACUUCGCGCUUGCACAAGAGCACGGCCCGGUUGAGGCCUUCUACGCCUCGUUCAUGCCCAGUGUUCAGCGGUCCAACAGCCUGGGAUCCAACAAGACCGAAAGCAGCCCCACAACAGAUGUCAAGGAGGAUGCCUUGGCGAUCCUGCGGCAUCUUGUGCAGCCAGCCAGAAGUCCCAAGAGCAAACUGGAGCCCAUCGUGCACCAGAGUCGCAGCCGCAUCACCCCGAAGAGCAUGAGACGCCGUAUGACGACCGGAUGCUGCAUCGACAACGCACUCAGUUGA